UUGCAUGUUUAAGUCUCGUUUGUUUAUUUUUGUUUUUAUUUUGAUUGCCUUGGGAGACUGACCCAAGAAAGCCUUUGUGCAGUUUCUACAGAGAAUGUUUUACGUUCUCUCCUAGGAGUUUUAUGGUGUCGUGUCUUAUGUGUAUGUCAUGAAAGGGGUGUAAAGAAAAAUGUUAUUGUAUCAGUUUCACCUGUCUCUUUUUACUUUUUUAACCUGGUUACUAGACAAUUUUAAAUUACGUAGUGUGGCUCGUGUAACCUUUCUGUUAGAUGGACGGUCCUGCUCUAGUUGUCACCAGCCCCCGCAGUCACCUCCACAGAGCAAGGAGAAACCUGGACGGUCCAGCAUAAUUAUUUCGUGUGCUGAUGAUGGACUGACACCUACGAUUUUGUUUUCUUGCCGAUUUCAUACACACCAGGAGGAGCGGGAGCAGGAGGCCCGACCAGGGGUUCCACCCAGCCUGGGACCACCUCCACCCAGCCCCCCUCGCCACUGUGUGGGGUGUGGUGCCAGCUUCACCUGUUAGAGGCAGACCUUGUUAUACUCCAGAACCCUUCAAAUGCCUCACCAAGGCAUUCAAGGCCCUGUGCCACGUGAGCCAAAUUUGUUUUUCCAGCUUCAUCUCACAGGCUCCCUGCUUUACACCCUACACCGUGCUGUUGACACAUUUAUUCAGCAUUUACUGGUUGAUUACUUCCCAUGAGCCAGGCACAGGGCUGCCUGCCGAGGUCACCACGAUAGUUAGAAAACAGGCGCUAAGCUUGUACUCACCGGGAACCCUGUGUCUGGGGGGUAACGCCAGAUCUGGGAAUUGUGUUCGAGCCCUAACAGCGGCAGCCAGAAGCCCCUCCCUUCCCAGGAAUGCCUCAGCCCAGCUGAAGGAGCACUGCCACGUCAGCCAAUCGGCUCAGGCCCUGCCUUGAAAACACCUGUUGGUCCCCCUCCCCCUCCCUCCCUCGGGCUCACCUAGGCGCAGGUGAGGCAGAUGAAGCACCUCCCCCGGAAACGGAGCUGGAGCGCCCCACCUGACGGCCCUGCUAGCUCAGAUCGGAUCCAGCACUGCCAGACUUCUUGAGCCAGCGGUGACAGCUGAGGCCAUGUGAGUCCUGAAUGAGGCUUUAUCCGAGCCUGCAUCCAGUGCCCUCGUCCACCGUGGCACCAGCUCCCUCGGCCAGCCGGGAUGGGACAGGCAACUGAGAGAGCCAGAGCCAGAAAGGCGGUGGUGACCAUCCCCUGGACCGUCCGAGGAACAGGACUCUGGGCCUCUAGCUGCCACGCAGGUGGGGGGGGCUCCAGGCCAUGAUCCGUACCUCUGACCCCUGACGCUGCCCUCUGCCCUUCUAGCGGUGCCAGCUCAGCCAUGCCUGGAAGAGAGGCUCAGGCCCCACUGGGCCGGAGGCUGCCCCCGGAUGUGCUGGCCGAGCAGGUGGAGCUGUGGUGGUCCCAGCAGCCGCGGCGCUCGGCACUCUGCUUUGCUGUGGCUGUGGGCCUCGUGGCGGGCUGUGGGGCGGGUGGAGUGGCCCUGCUGUCCUCCACCAGCAGUCGCUCGGGCGAGUGGCGCCUGGCGGUGGGCACAGUGCUCUGCCUGCUGGCCCUGCUGGUCCUGGUUAAGCAGCUGAUGAGCUCAGCCGUGCAGGACAUGAACUGCCUCCGCCAGCCCCACCACGUGGCCCUGCUGCGCAGCGGCGGAGGUGCCGACGCCCUGGUCGUGCUGCUCAGCGGCCUGGUGCUACUGGUCACCGGCCUGACACUGGCGGGGCUGGCCACGGCGCCUGCCCCUGCCCGGCCGCUGGCGGCCAUGCUGUCCGUGGGCAUCACCCUGGCUGCCUCGGGCGGGCUCUUGCUGCUGGGCCUGCUGCUGUAUCAGGUGGCCGUGAGUGGACACUGCCCCCCGACGCGUGCGGCCGCCCCCUCCACCCACAGUGGCCUCAGUGCCAACAGCAGUGUCUUCAGCAUCUCAGGACAGUUGUCCACUGGUCAGCGUCACGAGACCACAUCCAGCAUCGCCAGCCUCAUCUGACCAAGCCCGAGCCUGCCUCAGCCUCCACAGAACCGUGCCUGGGUGCGAGUGAGUGUGUGUGCAAGUGUGUGUGUGCACACUCAUGGAGGGAGAGUGACUCUAUGUAUAUGCGUGUCCCCAGGACUGCCCAGCCCUCCAAGGGACUGUGUGAUGAGGAGCCAGCAUGCACCCACACACCACACCACGGAGAGGGGACUGCUCCUCCCUGGGGCUCCCGGAACCCUCAGAGUCUGCCCAUCUGGCCUCGGGGCAGAGAAGGGUCUGGGAUCCCUGAAGAUCCUUGGCCCCUCUUCCUAACACCCCUCAAAGCCAACUCUGUAACACCCGCCACGGCUUUCCCCAGGGGAGGCCACUGCCCACACCAGACUGCCCCAGUGAGCCCCCUUCAUCGAGGAGGCUGAGUGGUGGCAAAGUGAAAAUUACACAGGCUCCGGAGUGGCGGGCCUGAGUCUCCCCUCCACCACUCAGCAGCUGGGGGCCUUGGGCAAGCGUCUCAACCUCUCUGAGACCCGGUUUCUCAAGAGUCGUGGGUGUGCUCGUGGUCAUCCAUCGUUAGGAUCGGACGAUCUCACGUGUAGAAGGUCCAGGCACAUGGCAGAUGUGCAAUAAAAGUAGUGGCUGCUGUU